UUAUUAAUGACACCGAUAAUCUCACAACAUGAAGAGUCAGAUUGCGCACUCGGUGUGGUUAAUCUACAUGAAUAAAUACAAAAUGAGGAUUUGUGUGCGUGACUUAACUGGGCACGCAGAGGAGUGGCCAUGCAAAUACAACCUGUUAGGACAGUUGGUACUAAAGCGAGAGCUGAGCAAUGACAAGCUCACUGUUAGUCUUGGAGGUGAUGAGAGCACCGUGCCGCCCGCUGUCCCGAGCUGUCUGCACUGUGCUGAACCCCGUGCGGCCACUGACCCCCGGAUCUACCCGCUGAAGAAUGCCCCCUCAAAUGGACUACCACUGCGAUCAGAGACGGGUCCCGUCAGUGUGCAUGCAUCAAGAAAAUAAUGAGGAGCCGGCUAUCAGCUGCAUGCUGGUGGGAGACGGUGCCGUGGGCAAAACCAGCAUGAUCGUCAGUUAUACUUCCAAUGGAUACCCUAUGGAAUACCAGCAGACUGCGUUUGACGUCUUUUCCGGGCAGGUUCAAGUUGAUGGGACACCAGUACGAAUUCAGCUGAUGGACACUGCCGGACAGGAGGAGUUUGACGGCUUCCGCUCACUGUGCUAUGCUCACACGGACGUCUUCAUCCUCUGCUUCAGCGUUGUCAACCCUACAUCCUUCCAGAACAUCACAAAGAAGUGGGUUCCGGAGAUCCGGGCCUGUAACCCAGCCUCGCCAAUCAUCCUUGUGGGGACACAGACCGACCUCCGACAUGAUGUUAAUGUCCUCAUCAACCUGGACCGCUUUAAAGUCAAGCCAAUCCUAUCUUCUCGGGCUCGGUGCGUGGCCGAGAAGAUCCGAGCCCAGGACUAUAUUGAGUGCUCGGCGUUGACUCAGAAGAACUUGAAAGAGGCUUUUGACACGGCCAUCUUUGCUGCCAUCAAGCACAAGGCCCGUAAAGCCAAAAAACUGAAGAUGUCUGACCGAACAAAGACAUACUCUAAGUGUGGCUGGAAAAAGUUCUUCUGUUUCGUCUGAUGGCCCAGCAGUACUUCAAAUCACCAAGGACUAAUUUAUUAAUUUAUUCAAGGCAGAAAGCCUGACCCAUUGAAACUGACAAGCUUUCCUUUGUUUAUAAACACCUCAGUGAAGGACAGUUUGGAUCCGGGGAACCAGUCCGAGCCGAGUGGUCGCGUGGAGUUUUUGGUGGAUUUCAGUUAAGAACCAAAAAAAAAGUGUUAGGGUGAAAUGGAAAUGGAAUUCAGAGCACAAACCAAAACGGGAGAAGCAAAGGGGAGCAGAUUUAAAUACAAAGGGCACCUGAAAAUCUAACACGGUUUUGGAUUUGACUAGACUCCCCCCCCCCAGUGGAUAUGGGAAGAGCCCGCCAGUUUUGAAUCCGCACCAAUCCCGCCGCCGUCUUCUCUGAGCUGGCGGUUGGCAGAGAGGAGAGAGUCGCGGGACCCUGGGGGCCACUGGCCUUUUCAGAGUCCGCUGUCCUGCUGGGCCUCUGUCUUUCAUAUGCUAAACUUAAAGUCACGGCAUCGCAGUAGGUGUCGGUUACAGUGUCUGUCUGCCUGGCCGCCCCGUUAACUGGCGACGGGCCCCACAUUGUCCCCUCGACAUUGUAUUCAUGAACUGAAUCCACUACAAGGGUACUUAUUUGCAAUGCACAUUUCAAUGGCUCCGGGCCAAGCCGGGAAGGAGGACUGAUCAUCUUCCGCACCCAGGCCUUAGCAAGCACCUUGGGCAGGGAUUUCAAAAGUUUGAUAUCCGCUCAUAAUGUGGUCCUGGAUCGUUAGGGCAACUGGCACACUAAUCAGCGUCCAGAAACCCAGGGGGAACAGUUUUGAUUUUUUUCCUUUUGGUUUUAAGCUGCAGGCUGUUUUUCUCUAAUGUUUAUUGAAAUCUUCACCUUGGAAGGAAUCAUAUCACAGCAGCCAUUUUGAACUCUUUGUAGGAAUUCGUACAAAUGUAUGAAUGUAAACAUUGCAUUGAUGCUUCUUGUGGAAGCUUUUUGUUUUUAUGUUGUUUUUUUUGACAAGCGGUACUGUUUGUUUAACAGUUCGAUCAGCUUUUUGAUGACUACUGAUCCUACCAUCUCUGUUUCCUAAUACUUCAGUCGGCAAUUAGACACGCCAUUUUUUUCCAGAGUUUGUUUUGAAUAAGUGAAAUCUUGGCGUGUGAAUGUUACAUGAAAUGCUGGCAAAUAAAUUACGAUGAAAUGCA